UUUCCGAAAAUCCUCCAGAGCUUCACCGUUUCCCCGCAGUCUAGUUCAGGCACCGUACUUCCCCACGAGAAUAAAAGACCUAUUUUCCUCAUGGUACCGAACUUGAACUUGUUCAUUGUUUUUCUACACCAAAAUGUCGCAGUAUGGCAUUCACGACGCGCCUGAAAAUGUUAUCGUCGCCGAUAACAAUGAAAUCUUGCGCAAGCUCAACGCCAAUACUAUCUCCGACGCCGCCAAGGCUGACGAGAUUGAGCACAAGAUGACCUUGCGAGAGGCGUUCAAGACACACAAGAAAGCCAUUUUUUGGUCCAUGGCUCUUUCUGGCGCGUUAAUAAUGGAAGGUUACGAUGUUGUCGUGAUUGGCUCGUUCUAUGGUCAACCCAAUUUCACCAAGCGUUUUGGUAUUGUCGCCCCCGGCACAGCGACUGGUUAUGCUAUUCCAGCAGCAUGGCAAAGCGGACUGAGUAAUGGUAGCUCAGCAGGUGGUAUCAUCGGGCUCUUGAUAAACGGCUGGGCAGCGGAUCGUUAUGGCCCUAAAAUUGUAAUGAUGACCUCUAUCGUCGCUCUGACCUGUUUUAUCUUCAUCCCUGUCUUCGCACAGUCCCUUACAACUCUUGUCAUCGGCGAAGUUUUGUGCGGUAUACCCUGGGGUGUUUUCCAAACGCUUACGACAGCCUAUGCGUCUGAGGUUUGCCCUAUUCAGCUUCGCGGGUAUCUUACUGCAUACGUCAAUCUCUGCUGGGGUGUCGGUAUCCUGCUUUCAUCUGGUGUGGUGACUGCUACUCUAAAUGUCGAUUCUGACUGGAGUUGGCGUCUACCCUUCGUGGUUCAAUGGGUCUGGGUUAUUCCCCUCUUCAUGAUCGUCUUCUUUUCACCUCCUUCUCCAUGGUGGCUCGUACGCCGCGGUCGCCUGGAUGAUGCAGAGAAGUCUGUCAGACGUCUUACCAAUCCAGAAUAUGUUUCAGACAAUGACAUUAAGAACACGGUUGCAAUGAUGGUGCACACCAACGAGCUCGAGACGCAAGCACAAGCAGGGACCACGUAUAUUCAGUGUUUCACCAAAACUGAUCGUCGUCGUACGGAAAUUGUCAUGAUGACCUUUGCGAUGCAGCUUUUGUCCGGCGAAAAUCUUAUUGGUCAAGGUGUCCAGUUCUUGCAAUCUGCGGGUGUUGGUACCCAACUUUCGUUCGACUUAAAUAUGGUCCUCAACUCCAUGUUCAUCAUUGGAACCAUAGUUUCCUGGGGUUUGCUCACCCACUUUGGUCGCCGGACAUUGUACACUGCCGGCAUGGGCUGCAUGGCUGUCGUGCUCUUCGUCAUUGGUGGUUUGGGCUUCAUCAGUUCCAAUAACGCUACAAUGACCGUCGGUGGUCUCCUCAUCGCUCUGAACUUCAUCUACAACUGUACGCUUGGUCCCCUCUGCUAUACCAUCAUCGGCGAAGUUUCCUCUACCCGACUGCGCCAAAAAUCCAUCGCGCUCUCGCGUAUUGCCUACCAGAUCAUGAACAUCAUCUGUGGUAUCAUUGUUCCGCGUAUGAUUAAUACGACUGCUUGGAACUGGGGAGCCAAAUCAGGUCUCUUCUGGGGCGGCAGUGCACUUCUGUCAACGCUAUACUGCUUGCUCAGACUUCCUGAAACCAAACAUCGUAGUUACGGUGAACUGGACCUGCUCUUUGAGAAUAAAGUUCCCGCAUGGCGUUUCAAAUCCACGAAGGUCGACCAAUUCGGUAUGCACCACGAUGAUACGAAAAAGCAUAUUGACUCGAAGGAGGAUAUCAAGCACCUUGAUUGAGUGAGGGGCUACAUGUAGUUUCUUUACUUCUCUACGAUUUUACGGGCAACUUAUGGGUAAUGAAUGUAGUGUAUUGUACAUAUUCUGAUAACGUGUAAAUGUAGGGCAAAAUCACUAACUAGCGAGAUUAAUCGCAAACACUUUCUGAACUUCCGAACUCAUGGUAUGACGUGC